AUGGACCCCGACCUGGACUCAUACCCCGGCUGGUUGGACGCCGAGCCCCAGGACCCGGCAUCUGGGGGGUCAGCAUCUGGCCCUCCCCCCGCACCAGCGGCCCCAAAGAAGAUUAAAGCUCACCACCCCCACCCGCAACUGGUCCAGAGAACCACCCGAGCCACGGCCCCCAUAGAUGGUCCCAGCCAUGCCCUCAUUACCCACCCAGCUCAGCCACACAUGAUCCCAACGAUCCCACCCACCCCGGCCAGCUGGACAAUGCCCUCCGUCGCUGUGGCAGGGGCAAAUGGGGAGACAUACAUCUACAGGCCCUGGCAGCCAGAAGAACUAAGAGACAUAGCCCGACACCUGCCCGAUCCAGUGCAGGACGGGCCACAUUUCGGGGUUGAAUUCGAAUUGUUUUGUCGUCAAUACAGGCCCUCGGCGUACGAAUGGCGCAGGCUCCUGGCCCACAGAAUGAAACCCUCAGACAUGGCCAAGAUAGAGCCGGUACUGGCAACAUGCCAGGCCAGCGCCAACCGGGUAAUGUACGAGGACAAUAUUGAUUAUUUGAGGGAACUGAAAGCAUUAACCAAGGCACUUGCAGAUUCUUUCCCCCCCCACAGAGACAUGCGAAAAGUGGACGGCUGCAGACAGGGGACAGAGGAAACCUUGGACUGCUAUCUGGAGCGACUUCAGGCCCUGUUCGAGAGACACAGCGCUUUGGCCAAGGGCUCCACGGAAUACGAGGUACACCUCUGCCACGCAAUCAUGAGGGGAAUCCGAGACGACGUGGCGGAAGGGGUCCGCACCUGCUACGUGGGGGGUCAACGUAACCCUGAGCUGAAAGAGGGCACAUGGCAAAAGAUUGCCGAAGCAAAAACAAAAAAUCACGUGGGAGGUUCGGUCCCCAAAACAAAGAUAAACGACAAAGUGAGCAGCCAGAGGAAAGUGAGCAGCCAGGGGAAUUCCCAGGGCAAAAAAGGAGGGGAGGAGAAUGGACCGGAGAAGGCCGUGGUCGUGGGUCUGGGGCCGAAUAUUAUGGUGACUGACUAG